AUGGCGUCACUAGUUGUGCUUUUUCUUCUUUUCGAAAUUGUGUCGUCUAACCAAAACUUCGGGCACGAUUCUGUUAUGGAUCGUAUCAAUAGUGGUAUUAAAAUUGCAAAGGAUUUUCUUGGAAGUGAAUCGGUAGCGAUGAAAGUGGCCGAUUUCGUAGUGCGAGCAUUUCAAGCAAAUCCCUCAACACAAAGAAAACAGCCAAACUUCAGCGAAACACAAGAUACAGCAUUCUCAGAACCAACGAAUGAAAAUUACCAAAAUUAUGGCGUUAAUGAAAUUAAUUUCAUGUCUCCAUGGAAACACCUGAUCAAGCUGUUUGGACUGCAGACGAAUCAAAUCAGCGCGGUAGCUGUAAAUGCACUUAUUUUUAUCGCUCAAAUGAUAACAACGUUUCUAUCUGGACCGAAGCGACCAGCCCGCCAGCGUUCUGACGAUCUUAGCUCUUGGAUUUUGCAAAAGAAAUCAAAGAAUCUCCAAGAUCUCAUAGCGACUGCCAAAAACGAGUCUCUACCGGAUCGUCUAGAGCAACUCAUACAAGAACCAAUUGAAGACACAGCGUGCAUACGUUUGCUCGUGUGUAAAAUUACUCCUUUCGUAAAUAAAAUGCAAAAAACCGUAUUUGGUAAUGACGUUCCAAGUGAAGAUUCAGCAGGCGCGGAAAUCUUUUACCGCCACCUACCGACGCAAGAAGAAAUAAAUAGUAAAAACGACAUCUGUGAAGCGAGAUAUAGGGAGUGUAAUUUAAAAGAAUAA